CAUCACUCCACUCUCCCCAACUUGUAUUAACUGCUCCUGAGGCCACAAGGGACUUGGGUUUGACCUCUGAAACUCCAUAUUCAUCACAAUUCACUGCUUCAACUUCAACCAAGAGAACAUCACCAGAUGCCUCCCAAUGCCUAAUACAAGCUCCUCACUUCAAACCCACAAUGCUGAUCCUAUUUCUAACACGUCUCUCUCUUCUUUUUUCUUUGUUCUUCGUUCCUGCUUCUGGGUAUGGAUCUAUGGCCCCAAUUGCAGCUGCAUUCGGUGACAAUGGUUUCUUUUGCGCCAUUGAUGCGGGUGGCAAGCAAGAGGUCAUAUGUUGGCAAAGGAACAAAAACGAGUCCUCGUCUUUGUCAUCGCCGUAUAUUAGUUCUCUUCCUCCAAUGGCGUCUCUCUCGGGUGGCGAGGGGUUCAUGUGCGGUAUUACAUCGAACACUUCUCAGGCCUAUUGCUGGGACUUGUCAAAUUCAGGUAGAGAUCUCGUUCCUCGGGGUUUCCGAUAUACUUCCUAUAUGCAAAUUGCGGCUGGAUCCAAUCAUGUGUGUGCCAUUAGAGGAUCCUAUUAUUCGAAUACUGAUCACGGCAAUGUUGAUUGUUGGGAAUUUGAUCAAACAUUGAUGAAUGGUAACAAAACUACGGGUUUUGUUAAUAAUUCUUCGUUUCAUGAUCCGCACAUUGAGAGCUUUGGGUUUAAGAAGAUUGUGUCUGGUGAAGGAUUUAGCUGUGGUGCAGUUAGUGAUGGUGGGGUUGCUUGCUGGGGUCCCAAAUCUGGGACUUUAGGCGUGUCAGCUGUUUCUGAGGAUUUUGAAACCUUAGCUUCAGGGAGGGGUUCAGUUUGUGGGAUUUCUACUGUGUCUGGUGAAGUAGAAUGCUGGGGUGAUGCUGAUGAAUUUGGAGCUCCACCGGUGGGGACUAAUUUUGUGGGUUUAUCAGCCGGCGCCAGUCACUUCUGCGGGGUUCUAAAGGAUGAUCAUGAAGUCCAAUGUUGGGGGAACAUUGAUGGUGCAGUGGUCCCAAAGGGAUCUGGGUUUAUUGCAAUUGCAUCCUCUGAUUUCACCAUAUGUGGUGUUAGAGAAGUUGAUCUGAUUCUUGAUUGCUGGGGUGUUCAUUUGCAGUCUACUCUGGAUUAUAAUCCUCCUUUGCAGUUAUGCAGUCCAGGAGUUUGUUCAUCGGGUGGAUGUGGCGAUGGCAAAUUUGCUUUUAACGCAAGCAUACUCAAUGAGCCGGACUUGAUGAGCUUGUGCGUUAGAAAGGAUUUGAAAAUCUGCUUGCCUUGUGGUUCAAAUUGUUCUGAAGGCUUUUUCCCUUCUAGUGUGUGUACUGAGAAUGCAGAUAGGAUGUGCAUUGCUUGUUCUCUCUGCCAGAACAGCUCUUGUUGGGAUGUUUGUGGUCUUCCUCCUUCAUCGGAUAUUUCACCUCAGGAGCGGCAUGAAAUGAAGAAACUAAUCCUCAUUAUUGGAUCAUCUGCAUUGGGUUCCAUACUAGUUUUGUCUCUGUGUUGUCUUCUUCCCAGGAUGAUUAAGUCUAAGAAUGAAGAGAAGGAGAAAAAUUGGUGCAUCUCUUGUGUAAGCAAGCCAGGGGUGGAGGCUGACCCCAGCCCUGAUCCACAAACCCCUCUCCCUGUGACCCCAUGUGUUGGAACAACACAGGUGUUCAGGCUCUCGGAGCUAAAAGACGCUACAAAUGGUUUCAAGGAGUUCAAUGAGCUUGGUCGAGGAAGCUACGGCUUUGUUUACAAAGCGGUUCUUGCAGAUGGUAGGCAAGUAGCAGUCAAGAGGGCUAAUGCUGCUACCAUAAUUCAUGCCAACAGCCGAGACUUCGAAGCAGAACUGGAAAUUCUAUGCAAUGUUAGGCAUAAUAAUAUUGUGAACUUGUUGGGUUAUUGCGCUGAAAUGGGGGAGAGGCUAUUAGUCUACGAAUUCAUGCCUCAUGGAACGCUGCACGACCAUCUCCACGAGGAGCUCUCUCCCCUGAAUUGGAACCUGAGGUUGAAGAUUUCAUUGCAGGCGGCUAGAGGGCUCGAGUACCUCCACAAGGAAGCCACACCUCCAAUUGUUCACAGGGAUGUGAAGACCUCAAACAUUCUUUUGGACUCUGACUGGGGAGCAAGAAUAGCAGACUUCGGGCUUUUGAGUGUUAAUGACAGGUACUUAAAUGGAGGUAUGGAGAGUGAUGUCUACAAUUUUGGAAUUGUUCUGUUAGAGAUUUUGAGUGGAAGAAAAGCUUAUGACAGGGAUUAUACACCUCCAGGAAUUGUUGAAUGGGCAGUUCCUUUGAUAAGGCAGGGCAAGGCAGCUGCCAUUAUAGACCACAAUGUUCCUCUGCCAAGAAAUGUAGAACCCCUUCUGAAGCUUGCGGACAUAGCAGAGCUUGCAUUGAAGGAAAAUCCUAAUGAACGUCCUACCAUGCCUGAGGUGGUGGUCUGGUUGGAUCAGAUUCUGAAGACUGGAUUGAUCUUUUAAUGGGGAACUGCUUUUUGUAGCUGCUUCCCUCCUGUAAUGUAAAUUAGUUCAAGUCCUUUUGUACUAUUUUUUUUCCUGGUUUUUUUUCUCCUCUUCACAAAGUGAAGGAGAGCGUAAUUGCUGCGGCAAAUGUUUUUGCA